AUUUUCCCUGCAAACGCCACUGUCUGGCAUCACCAGAUCAAAAAUGGAUCAAAGCAGCAGUUUCCUCUGAGUUUCCUCCUCAAACCCCAUGUGAGACUUGAGCUGCAGCUUCUCCUGCCUUUCCGUGGUGUCUCCAGGAAUCCCUGAGUGUGUGCAGCAGAGGUCAAGGAAAAAAAACGCUGGAACUCUGUGCAGGAAAAGUGCCUGAACCUGGAAAAGGCAAACCUGCCACAGCUGCAGUCUGGGAGAGAAAGGACUGACCGAGGGGCCGUCAUUAGGCACCAGAGUGAACGCUGACCUGAGAGGCACGGGCAGAGCUCAGGCCCCCCUGAAAGCGGCUGCCAGACUGCCACAAGGUCAAGGCCGCCUCCUCCGAGGCUCUGGGCUCCCGUUGGCACCAACAGCGCCCCAAGCCCCGAGAUGCAGCGGCCCCUGAAGCGGCAGCGGCAGCGGCCCGGCCACAGCGGGGGCCGGGGGAGCCGGGGGGGGGGAUCUGAUGGGUUCGGUUCCGCUCGGGCGGGUUCGGCUCUGCUCGGGUGGGUUCGGCUCCGCUCGGGCGGGUUCGGCUCCGUUCGGGUGGGUUCGGCUCCGCUCGGGCGGCUUCGGCUCCGCUCGGGCGGGAUCGGCUCCGUUCGGGCGGGAUCGGCUCCGUUCGGGCGGGAUAGGCUCCGCUCCCCUCAGGCAAGGGCGGGCCUGAUCCUGUGGGAAUAUGCUGAUCCUGUGGAAUGCCUUAUUACCGUGGGGAAUGCCCUGAUCCUGCGGGAAAUGCCUCGAUCCCGAGGGGAAUGCUCUCAUCCCACAGGGAAUGCCUUGAUCCCAAGGCGAAUGCCAUGAUCUCCCAGGAUCCCUCUGAUCCUGCAGGAAAUGCCUUGAUCCUAUAGGGAAUGCCCUCAUCGCACAGGGAAUACCCUAAUUCAACAGGGAACGCACUGAUCCUGUGGGAAAUGCCUUCAUUCCACAGGGGAUGUCCUGAUCCCAAAGAGGAAAGCCUUGAGCCUGUGGGAAGUGCCCUGAUCCUGUGGGGAAUAACGCCUUAUUCCUGUGGUGAAUGCCCUGACCCCACAGGGAAUGUCCUUGAUCCUGCAGGGAAAGCCCUCAUCCUGCAGGGAAUGCCCUCAUCCCACAGGAAAUGCUCUGAUCCUGUAGGGAAUUCCCUGAUCCCAUGGGGAAUGCCCAGCUCUUCUGGGACGGGCACUGGGGUCAGGAAUUUGGGAGCGGGUGGGAAUCUGUCCUAGCUGCUGAUGUCCCCAAGAGGAGAAACUGCCCGUGGGCUCUUCUCGUCAGGCAGCACUGGAGCUGUGAAGGGGGGCAUUGACCUGGGCUGCUCGUGCUUCUCUAGGCCGGCAUUCGGAGAGCGGGAAAUGUCUCUGGAACCGUUCCCCUCACUGCUGCCCCAGACGAGGUUUCUCCAUGCGGGCCAGCACGUCUACAAGUUUAAAAUCCGGUACGGCCGCUUCCCCAGCGCUCCUGCUCCCGACAGUGUUCCAGGGGCUGCUGAGGAGUUGGAGGAAGUGAUUCGAGUGAUCCUUGGCAAUCUGGAUGAUUUGCAUCCCUUUUCUACAGACCACUUCACUGUCUUCCCAUAUCUGAGCAAAUGGGAGAGAGCGUGGAAGAUGAGAUUCACCCAUGGGAACGUCCGUCUCACGCCGUAUCCCUACGUGUGCACUCUGUACCUGGAACUGAACUCCUUCCCACAGCGUGGAUCCGGUGGUACAGAAGAAACCACAGGCAGGGAGGAGCUCUGUGGAUCAAGGUCUGGAGAUGCAGUGAAUGAGGGAAGAUGCCCUGUCCAGAUUCCCAAGAGAAAAUCCCCGUGGCUCUGCCAGCAUCACAUUCCUGCUAAUUACAAUCCCUUCCUGGGCCCUGCUCUAAGAACGGAGCCCACCGGAUGUCUGGGAAAGGAGAAUUUCUUGUUUAAAAACUCUGAGCACAAUUCUCUGGGUGGGCUCUUGAUGCUUCCCUUCUGCUGGAACAAGCAGCAAAGUCCCCAUCAGACGUUCACAACGCCCAGCUGUGAUGGUCUGAAAGUCAGGAGGAGCAGUGAAACUGCAAGGGCUGCAGGGGAAGGCGCUGGGCAGAGGAGCAGAGUGGCAGCCGGAGAAGAACCCUCAUGCCCACGGUCAGGCAUGAACAGUGCUGGAGCCGAAUGUGUUCCCCGUCUGCGUAAAGCCAAGCGUGGGCUGGAAAUGGGAAGCUAUGGGAAAUUCAAGAAGAGUCCACGGCGUCUGUUUGGUCCCCAGUUCUCAAAGUGCCCAGCAGAGAAAUGCCCGCAGAAUUCCUCCAGGGCCGAGGAGGGUGACUUCAGCCCAGCAGCCCUUCCCAAGGGCUGGGACCGUGGGAGUUGCUGUGGGCUUGCGGCAUCAAACCUGGACCAAAGAGCAGUGCCCAGUCUGGCUGAGGGGGCCGUUUGGCCACGGCAGCAACUGAACCAAACGGAGCCCGAAGGCCCAGGGAAGCUGGCAGGAAGAGGUUUCUCCCAGCUCUGGAGAAGCAUCAUCUUUGCACCACUGCAGCAUCUUUUUGGUGGGAAGAAUUGACCUGAAACAGGGACUAGCACGGAAAGGGAAACUUGCAGUGAGUGGCAGGGGCUGUUGUUUCUGUUGCAAUUCAGCUUUUCCCGCUGCUGCUCACAGCUGUCAAAUGCUUCCAAUGGAACUCUACUUUGUUUCCUUGUUCAAAUUAACAUCCUGAAGCUGUUGGGUUCCAAUGUCUUUUUCUUCAUGCCCUGGAGUUUUUGUGCAAAGCAACAAUCUUUAAGAUCUCCAAGUGUGACACUGAAAAAGCAUUCCAAUAAAACCAGCACCAACUGGGAACCGUUGGGAUUUUAAUCUGUCCGACCCUGGCAAGAAACACUCUUUCCCUGCAAGCAGCAGCCGAGGUUGCCAGUAUUGGAUGGAUCCUGUGCUUCGCAGCACUGGCAAAGCCACACCUGGUGACAAAGCUGUGUCCCCAGAGCCAUGCCCUGCAGCGAGGUCAUGGUGCCCAGGGCUGGAGCUUCCCCUGGUGCUGGUGGGAGAGGGAUGAGAGAGGGACAAGAGAGAGCAGCAUCCGUGCAGGCGAUCUUGGGGCCAUGAGGAGGUGACAGUGCUGUCAGCCCAGUGCUCCAGGGUUUCUGCCCAGUGCCCUGGCAGGAAAGGCUCCCUCCCUAUCCUGCUGGUCCCUCCUGCCUGGGUGAGGCUGCAGGCAGGGGGUCCUGUGGGAAAACACGGGGGAGCUGUGAGGGGCAGGGGAGAGAGGAUCCUGUGAGGGAGAAGAGUCCCAAGGGGUGCCCAGGAGGAGCCGGGGUCCCAGGAGAAGCAGAUACAGCACCCGGGAGGAGCAGAGCUGAGUGGUUCCAAACCGAGACGAGCAGUUCCGAGUGGUCCCGGAGCAGAAGCCCGAUGCUCGGCCUCACGUGGUGCCCAGGUGACAGAGAAGCCCUGCCUCGUGUGAGGAAGAAGCCACAGCGUGAAGCUGCUUGACUUCUGGUCCUUGAGACAAAGGCUGGCACUGAGCGUGGUGCACAGAGUUGGGGAGCACAGGGAGAGGGAAUGAGGUGCCUCUCAAGGAGCUGUGGCUGUGGCCAUCUGCGAGCAUCAAAGCACAAGGAACGAGAUGGGGGGAACUGAGGAAAGGGGAAACCCACCAUCUUCCCUCCCUAUUGCACCCUGGAGGGUUUUACUGGCACAAGGGAUGACAGGGCCCCCCACCCCUGGAUUUGUGCCCCUUCAGUGUGGUGGGGAUCCUGGCCCCUUCCCCAGGCAAGGCAGGGGGUGCACAAGGGAGGGCUGGGGUCUGCACAGGAGCCAGAAGCAGGC